AUGACAUACUAUUACAUCGGGGGACAGCCGUACAAUUCUCAGCAGUGGUCCAUCAUUAUUGUGACGAGUUUCUUAGUCGCAACCUCGACUCUCGCCGUGGGAUUGAGACUCUACGCCCGGCAAAGCAGCGGAGGGAGGUUGUAUCUGGAUGAUAUCUUCAUCGUGGCAUCGUUGGUUUCAAUCUUGCUGUUUUACAAGAGAAUCUUCCCGACGACUCUAAUGAAGCAGGUCUGCAAUGGCCUGUUUAUAUUCCUGGGAGUUUGGUACAUAACCUUCCAAAUAGCCGCCAUUUUCCAAUGCACACCCGUGAAGUUCUUCUGGGAACGGAAGAUUCCAGGGGGCCAUUGUGUCGACAAUGUCAGCUUUUACAUUGCCCUUGCAUGUACCAAUACAUUGACGGAUAUUAUCCUACUCAUCCUGCCGAUGCCACUCCUGUGGCGGCUGCAGAUCUCACGGAGCAAGAAAAUAUCACUCUCUGGAGUGUUUCUGCUGGGCGGAUUUGUCUGCGCAAUUGCGCUCUAUCGCAUUAGCACCCUGCCACUGAUCGAUGACAACGACAUCACCUAUUCCAACACAUACGCCGGGUUAUGGACGUCAAUCGAGGGAAGUGUGGGAGUAAUUGUCGCAUGUCUACCCAGUCUGAUGCCUAUCUGGAAUCGGAUGCGAGGAAAAACCGUUGGCUACGCACAAUAUUCGAGUCAAUUGACCCAGUACGGGAACGAAAGCAGAAAUUGCCGCUCCAUGGGUGGAGGUAGAUUAAAGGACAGAAGGAGUGAGUUCGAUCCGUUGUCUAGUCGAGCCGGCCCGGAACGGGGCCAGUCGCAGGAGAGAAUAGUGCGCACGACGGUGGCGCAUGGCGAGGAAGUAUACAGCACUCAUAGCGACGAGCAGAGCGAAGUAUCUCGGAAUGCGAUCGGAGUGGUCACCGAAGUUCAGCAGCAGAUUGAACUCAGAGAUCUCGGGACCCGGGAGCAUGUAUGA